AUGGCGGUGGUGGACUGUCCCAUCUGCAACCAGCCCGUCAAGCCGGCCGACAUCAACAGCCACAUCGACUCGGACUGCACCAGCUUCGUCAACAAGGACCCGUCGCCGCCGCCGCAGUCGCAGAAUGUGUCGUCGUCGUCGCAGCCGCAGAAGCGCACCGCCUCGAGCUUCUUCUCCACGCCCGCCCCCAAGCGCGCCCAGACCAGGGACGCGCACCUGACGCCCGUCGCCAACCGCACGCUGGCCCCCGCCGCGGGCAAGAAGAGGAGCUUCGACGAGGGGCCCGGGGCCGUGACGUCGGGCCCCGGCGGUGGAGGGACGACGGUGGAGCGCGAGGAGCGCAUCGACAAGGCGGCCACCAAACAGCGGCACGAGACGGCCGACGACGACGACGACGACGACGCCGACAACAACAAGGAGGAUGACGGGCUCGGGGCCGACGGACGCAGGACGGCAAAGCGGCUCAAGACGCUCCGGGCGGCGCCCCUGGCCGAGAGGAUGCGGCCGCAGACGCUCGACGAGGUGUGCGGGCAGGAGCUCGUGGGCCCCCGGGGCGUGCUGCGCGCGCUCAUCGAGUCGCGGCGCGUGCCGUCCAUGAUCCUGUGGGGCGCGUCGGGCACGGGCAAGACGACGAUUGCGCGGUGCAUCGCGCAGGUGGUGGGCAGCCGGUUCGUCGAGCUCAACGCGACGAGCUCGGGCGUGGCCGAGUGCAAGCGCCUCUUCCACGAGGCGGCGGGCGACCUGGCGCUGACGGGCCGCAAGACGAUUGUCUUUUGCGACGAGAUGCACCGCUUCAACAAGGCCCAGCAGGACGUCUUCCUCAAGCCCGUCGAGGCCGGCACCGUCACCCUCGUCGGCGCCACCACGGAGAACCCGUCCUUCCGCAUCGCCGCCGCCCUGCUGUCGCGCUGCCGCACCUUCACCCUGCAGCCGCUGUCGGCCGACGACGUGGCCGCCAUCCUGCGCCGGGCGCGAGCCGCCGAGGGCGCGUCGCCCGACGGCCUCGUCGACGACGCCAUGCUCGACUACCUCGCGCGCUUCAGCGACGGCGACGCCCGCACCGCCCUCAACCUGCUCGAGCUGGCCCUGCCUCGCUGA